CACAUAUAGAAUUAGUCACUUAGUAGUGCACUCUAAUUUUAUCGUGCAUUUUAUCGUGAGAUUAUUGUAAGAAAAUUACGAAUAAGUUGGAUUAUUCUAAAUAAUUUUUCUAAAACAAAAAAUUUAAAGUGCACAAAUAAAAGGAAACGAGAAAAUAUCUCUAUUUUUUGUAAUAGCUAUACUUCAUCUUUUUAUAUUAAAAUUUUUUGACUAACGUGUAACUACUAAAAAAAGACAGGAUUUACUGAGUUAGAUAAUGUGGUGGUGCUAGUUGCUGGUUGCUGGUUGCUGGUUGCUGGUUGCUGGUUGCUAGCUGCUAGCUAGUGGUACUUAUACAAGCCUAGAUACCAUAAGUCCAUAAUUAAUUGCAGAAUACAUUUCAAAAUACAAAAACAACUAUGGAGGGUCCAAACAAGGCCAAAAGUCCACUUCUCCAUACACAAAACAUCCUCCCUCAAACCACCUUCAACCGCAUAUACAUGGUGGUUCACGCAACCGCCUUAACAUUCCUUCUUUACCACCAUACUCAUACCCUCUUUAACUCCCCGUCCUUUUCUUCCUUCCUCCUCUUCAUCUCCGACAUCAUCCUCGGCUUCCACUGGGCCACCACACAAUCUUUCCUCUUCCGCCCUAUUCGCCGCCGUGAGUUCCCCGGAAAUCUCAAAACCGUAAUCUCGAAAGAAGGAACGGAGUAUCCUGCCUUGGAUAUAUUUAUAUGUACGGCUGAUCCUUAUAAGGAGCCGCCGAUGGGGACGGUGAACACGGCGUUGUCGGUUAUGGCUUACGAUUAUCCGCCGGAAAAAUUAUCUAUUUAUGUAUCGGAUGAUGGUGGGUCCCAACUUACUCUGUUUGCGUUAGUGGAAGCGGCUAAGUUCGCUCGUCAUUGGUUGCCGUUCUGUAGGGAAAAUAAUGUAAUGGAUAGGUGCCCUGAAGCUUACUUUAAUAGUGUAUUUUACGCUAAUCGUUCUCUCGAGGCUGAUAAUAUGAAGACGAUGUACAAGAGCAUGAAAGUUAGAGUUGAAAAUGCCUUAGAAAGAGGAAGAGUCGAGGAGGAUCAUAUUGAUGUAGAAAUGCAACAAGUUUUUGCCAAAUGGACUAUAUUUAAUUUUACUCCUCAAAUCCAUCCUACAAUUAUUGAGGUGUUGUUGGCUUCAUUGAAGGACAGAGACGUAAGUGGUGGGGUGAUGCCUAACUUGAUAUAUACAUCUAGAGAGAAAAGUAAAGCCUAUCACCAUGGCUUCAAAGCUGGUGCCCUCAAUGCUUUGGUUCGUAUAUCGGCAACAAUGACAAACGCACCAAUAGUUUUAACCUUGGAUUGUGACAUGUAUUCUAACGAUCCAAAAACUAUUAAGCGGGCUUUAUGUUAUUUCUUUGAUCCUGAAAUUCUACCCACAAUGGCAUACGUUCAGUUUCCUCAGAUUUUUCAUGGGCUUAACAAAGGAGAUAUUUAUUUUUGUGAACAUAAACGUCUGUUCCAAAUCCAUCCAAUGGGAAUGGAUGGGCUUUUAGGCCCAAAUUAUGUGGGAACUGGUUGUUUCUUUCAACGUCGAGCAUUCUUUGGAGGUCCGUCGUCUUAUAUUCAGCCCGAAUGCCUAGAACUUUGCCCCGAUCAUGUAGUAAAGAAGCCGAUUGGGUCACUAGAGAUCCUCGAAUUGGCCCACUCUGUUGCUGCUUGUGACUACGAGAAACGCAAGGGAUGGGGAACAACGAUGGGCUUCUAUUAUGGAUCGUUGGUGGAAGACUAUUAUACGGGUUAUCGGCUGCAGUGUGAAGGAUGGAAGGGUGUGUUUUGCUACCCAGAAAGGCCAGCUUUCUUGGGGGAUUCACCCAUAACAUUGAUUGAUCUGCUUACCCAAUGCAAAAGGUGGAUGAAUGGGCUUCUUGAUGUCCUUUGCUCAAGAUAUAGCACUUUGACAUUUGGGCUUCAAAGAUUGGGCCUACUCAUGAGCUUUGCUUAUACUUAUUAUGCUAUUGGGGCCAUUCUUUGCAUCCCAAUAACUAUUUAUGCUUUCCUUCCUCAACUUGCCCUCCUAAGUGGAAUUUCCAUCUUCCCUAAGGAAAAUAUUUCCCCACCCUUCCCUAGGGUAAAUUUGUACCCCCAAUAUGAGGAAAAUAAUUGUUGUUUUAUCUAUUUUCAUUACCUUAAAAUUACUAGUGGAAUAAAAUGAACUUGCACUAGUUUUAAGAGCUUUUCAAUAGAACCUAAACACAUGGAAAAUUUUAGUUGAUUUGUAUGAAGAUCAGAUAUUCGUUGUAAAUGGAAAUUGGAAUAUGUUGCUAAAUAUGUUAAUACAGGAGUAUUUGUCAAGCUUUCAUUAAACUACCUUUGCUAAUACUUUUUCCAUCCUGUCUUGAUCAUUAAUCUAUGAUAAUGCUUUCUUUUUUGUGGCACUUUUAGAAUGCUAUUUGUCCGUUAAUUUCGAGUUUGCAUCACUGACAAAAAGCUUUCAUAUAGAUUUGGUAAUGGUGCAUGUUUAAAGAGAUGGAUGACAACUGCAUUUAUACCUUUCUUAAAAUAUUUAAGGUGGACUUAUUUUAAUUGAAAAUUUUUAUUGAUUAAAUAUCCGUUCCUUAAUGAGGUUCCCAUAAGAAAUGUUUACGAGAAUUAAAAAAAUAGAAACUUUUAGAUAGUGGAUAUAUUAUUUUAUUAAAAAAUAAUUUUGAUAGAGGAGAAGUGGAAAUCAUAAACAUUAAUUAAUUAUUAAAAGGAAGUCAGUGAAAAAAAUAUAAAGGCCACAACUAAUAAAAAAAAUCUUUUUAUAAAGUUAUUGAGAAAUAUGUAAGGACCAUAAGUAAUAUAAAAAUAUUAAAAUAAAAUUAGUGGAAAAUAUGAGGGGACCAUAAUUAUUAUUAAAAUACUAAUAUGCGGAUGAAUAAGCUUAUUUAUGGGAACAACUAAUGGAAUAUCCUUAAAUAAAAAAUAAAAACUUCUUUGAGAAAUAAAGAGAAUAUAUUUUAAUGGAAAAUAUUGAGUGAAAUGUAUUUUUUGUGUGAUUUGAUGAAACUGUUAAACUAAUUAAGAAAAUACAUAAUGUGAGUGGUGAAAAAAUGAUUUACUAUCAAUUUUGUAGGAAAAUUUUUACAACAAGGCCUAUUAAGUAUUAAGAAAGACAACCCUUCUACAUCUUUAAAACGAUAGAUAAAGAUUUUGAAUCAGUUAUAUACACUAGAUUGUCCUUUAAAGAAGAGCCAUUUUCUUUAAAAGUGUGGACGAUGCACCAUAUUAUAGACCAUCCUUAUAAUUGACACUAAACAUUUUAAUAAAAAUGUUGAUCUAAUUACCGAUCUAUAUAUAUAUAUAUAUAUGCAAUGAUGC